AUGGCAUCGCAUGCUGCUUCUACGACUUCGGCAAUGAAUUCAGAAGGACAUAAUAGUUCAGAGGAGAAAAAUCCAUUAACACAGGAGAGUAGCGAGAACGGCAACAACCACAUAUCGGUGCCGGACGGAGGAUACGGUUGGUUCGUGGUAGUAGCAUACUUUUUCUACAACUUUUCACAAUGGGGUGCCAAUGCCGGUUAUGCCGUGUACUUGGCGAGAUAUCUCGAGACGAACAGAUUUUCUGGCGGCGGAAAACUCGACUACGCAGCGAUUGGAGGGCUUGCGUUUGGCACAGGUCUGUUUUUCGGACCGUUCAUCACCUGGCUGGUGAAUCUAACAAGCGCGCAGUUUGUCAUCUUCAUCGGACUGUUGUUGCAAUGUGCUUCGCUGUUGCUGGCAGCUUUCUCGACUAAACUGUGGGAACUAUAUCUGACGCAAGGUGUGAUGAUCUCAUUUGGCCUGGCGUUCAUUUGCAUUCCAAGUAUGACACUGGUUCCACAAUGGUUUCGUCGCAAGCGUAACAUCGCAAUGGGCAUCGGUGCUGCCGGUUCCGGUCUCGGAGGCAUUAUCUUCAAUUUGGGCAUGGAGAAGGUGAUGGACGAGAAAUCGGUCAAAUGGGCUCUAAUUACCCAGUGCAUUAUCUGUACUGCGCUCAACGUCUUUUCCUUAGCACUCACUCGAACGAGAAUCCGCGAAAUUCGCGAACAGUCGGGCACAAAGCCCUCGUACCGAUUAUUCGACAAGCAGGUGUUGACCAGUUGUGGCUACUGGCUCAUUGUCAUGUAUGUUUCGUGCACGACACUGGGAUACGUGGUAUUACUCUAUUCGAUGUCUGCGUUUACCGUUUCCCUCGGCUACUCGCAACAUGAAGGUUCUAUCGUAUCUUGUAUGAUCAGUGUUGGUGCUUUGUUUGGCAGGCCAUUUAUGGGUUACUUUGCGGAUAUUUUCGGGCCGGUCACUGUGAGUAUUGCAGCUCAUUCGAUUGUGGCCAUCUUCAGUUUAGCCAUGUGGAUUCCCUGCCGUAACUUUGCAACUGCCCUCAUUUUUUCACUCAUUGUUGGCCUAUUCAUGGGAACAAUUUGGUCUUUAAUGGCCCCAAUUGUGACCCGGGUGGUAGGUUUGCCGAAGAUGAGCGUAAGUCUAGGCAUGGUGUGGAUUUAUCUCAGCGCCUGUGGCAUCGUGGCUCCUGUAAUUGGCUUAGAGUUGCGAACUUCUAAUGCCACUUCUGGUAACGAUUACGUGAGGACCGCUAUUUUCACUGGGGUGAUGUAUUUUGGCUCGGUACUCGCACUAUGGCUUCUUAGAGGUCUGCUGGUUGCUCGAGAUGAAGUAGCCAUUGUGGCACAAACUGGAUUCGACGAUGGUGAACUCCAUUUGAAAGUUUCGCCUCGCGAAUGGGCAACAGGCCUAUUUAAAUUUUACAAACUACCUAGGAAAGUGUAG